CCGCCGUCAGUCCUUAGACCGCUGUGGAUGUCAGGGUGCUUCUUGCGUUACACGCUCACACUGCAAAUGUCAGUGGAUUUGUAGCGUUUAAAUGUACAAUGUUAGCUGACGUUUGCUACAGUUUCUAACCAAGUGAAGGAUAACGUUCAUUUUUCGACCUUCAGUACAAUUGGGUGCGGCGGUCCCUGUCAAGAAAAGGGUUUUUUUUCACGCGGUGGUUGAGGUUUUUCGCCUUUGCUAUUUCUUCGCGUGUUGUGUGGACAUUUUGGAUUUUAAGUUUUUUUAAUUUUUUUUAAAGAAAUUAUUUUUACAUUCACCAGGAAGAAACGAAUGCUAGCUCUUGAGUGGACUGCAAUGUAGCUAGCAGGAGAAGAUAUUUUAAUCAAAUUUAUUUUUACUGCUCCGGGAAGUGCAACUCGUCAGUGCAACUCGGACCGAUCACUAUAGCUACCAACUUCCAGAGGAUUAUGCUCGGCGAAAAGAAUGCGCUAACUAGCGGGCUAGCUAGCUUGUGAGGCUAGCUAGCACUUGUUAACAAUAUAUUCAGAGUUAAGCGACUUAGGUUAAAUACGAAUUCAGGUUAAAUGCAUACAUUUAGUUCUUAUGCAGUCUUACUCUGAAGAACACAAUUCGGUGGAUUUUAAAUAUCUCACAGGACCGUACUGUCAAUGAGAAAGUGCUUGGAUAUCUAACAUAUAAGAUAAGCGCUUGUGUUGUGGGACCUCUCCUCUGCCCCAGACUGGGAUCCAGGAACGCGGGUCAUAAAUGACAAGUGCCUGAGGAUGAGCAGCAAGCGGAACCUGUUGGUGCGGCUGGUGCCCUGCCGCUGCCUGCGUGGGGAGGAGGAGACCGUGACGUCGCUGGACUACUCCCACUGCAGCCUGGAGCAAGUCCCCAAGGACAUCUUCAGCUUCGAGAAGACCCUGGAGGAGCUCUACCUGGACGCCAACCAGAUCGAGGACCUGCCCAAGCAACUGUUCAACUGCCAGUUGCUCCAUCGACUGAGCCUGCCAGAUAAUGACCUCACGGUGUUGCCCGCGGCCAUCGCCAACCUUAUCAACCUCAGGGAGCUGGACGUCAGCAAGAACAGCAUCCAGGAGUUUCCAGAAAACAUCAAGAACUGCAAGGUGUUGACCAUCGUGGAAGCGAGCGUGAACCCCAUCUCCAAGCUCCCAGAAGGCUUCACCCAGCUGCUCAGCCUCACUCAGCUGUAUCUGAACGAUGCCUUCCUGGAGUUUCUGCCAGCCAACUUCGGCAGGUUAACCAAACUGCAGAUUCUGGAACUACGAGAGAACCAGUUGAAGAAUUUGCCAAAAAGCAUGCAUAAGCUGACCCAGCUGGAGAGGCUAGACCUGGGGAGCAACGAGUUUGCGGAAGUGCCUGAGGUUUUGGAGCAGCUCACGGGAAUCAAAGAGCUGUGGAUGGAUGGGAACAGACUGACUUUCCUCCCUGGGAUGAUGGGGACCCUGAAGCAACUGUCCUAUUUGGACGUGUCCAAGAACAAUCUGGAGAUGGUGGAUGAGCAGAUCUCUGGCUGCGAGAACCUCCAGGACCUCCUCCUGUCAAACAACGCCCUGACCCAGCUGCCUGGGUCCAUAGGCUCCCUGAAGAAAUUAACGGCUCUCAAGGUUGAUGAGAACCAGCUGAUGUACCUGCCAGACGCUGUGGGGGGCCUCACGGCUCUGGACGAGCUGGACUGCAGCUUCAACGAGAUCGAGGCCCUGCCCUCCUCCAUCGGCCAGUGCGUCAACAUGCGCACCUUCGCCGCAGACCACAACUUCCUGACCCAUCUGCCCGCCGAGAUGGGGAACUGGAGCUCCGCCACUGUGCUGUUCCUGCACUCCAACAAGCUGGAGUCCCUGCCGGAGGAGAUGGGGGACAUGGGCAAGCUCAAGGUCAUCAACCUCAGCGACAACAAGCUAAAGAACCUUCCCUUCAGUUUCACCAAGCUGAGCCAGCUGACUGCCAUGUGGCUGUCGGAGAAUCAGUCAAAGCCACUCAUCCCCCUGCAGAAGGAGGAAGACCCUGAGACCCACAAGACCGUGCUCACCAACUACAUGUUCCCCCAGCAAACUCGGACCGACGAGUACAUCCCGAACUCGGACAACGAGAGCUUCAACCCGUCGCUGUGGGAGGAGCAGCGGAAGCAGCGGGCGCAGGUGGCCUUCGAGUGCGACGAGGACAAGGACGAGCGGGAGACUCCCCCGCGGGAGGGGAACCUGAAGCGUUACCCCACCCCAUACCCUGAAGAGCUGAAGAACAUGGUGAAGACGGCCCAGUCCGUCGCCCACCGCCUGAAGGAGGACGAGUCCGGGGACGAGUCGGGCAAGGAGAAGGCGCACGUGGGCGUGCGGAACGUCGGAGUCAAGGUGAUCGAGAAGGCCUGCAGUAACGGGCAGGCGGUGGAGAUGGAGCUGAGCGAGCCGGUGAGCAGCAUCCAGAGCUCCGUGGAGCCUGACCCCGAUGAGACGCGCGAUGAGCACAGCGCCCUGCUGAAGACCUCUGACAGCCCCUCAGCGCCGGUCAGCCACGAGGACACUCUGGAGGACUCAGAAGAUCUGUCCUUUGAGGAAGAGGAGGAGAUGAAGAUUGCCGAGAUGCGUCCACCGCUGAUCGAGAUCUCGAUCAACCAGCCCAAGGUGGUGGCACUCAGCAAGGACAAGAAAGAUGAUGGGAAGGAUGCAGACUCCCUGCUGGAUGAGACUGUGGCCAACAGCAACCAGAACAACAGCAACUGCUCCUCACCGUCGCGCAUGUCCGACUCCGUGUCCCUGACCACCGACAGCAGCCAGGACACCUCCCUGUGCACGCCCGAGAGGGAGAGCAAACUGCCCCUGGAGCCGCCCAACAGGCAGGAGGAUGAGAAUCUGAACGAGCUGAAGGAGAGCGCCCCGCUCCUGCAGAACGGGAACGGGUCGGACACGUCCCUGCAGGCCCUGCUCCAGGCCCGGCCUGAGCAGACCGGCCGCUUCCCGCUGUCCGUGGAGGAGAGGCUGGCGUUCAUCCAGAAGAACGGAGACCCCUACAGCACGUGGGACCAGAUCAACAUGAACGUGCCCCCGCCGGACAACACGCCGCGGCUGGAGGGCGUGGUCCAGGACGCCUCGUCGCUCAACAACAACUACGACAGGCUGGAGAACGGGAACCAGCCUCCCCCGCCCCCCAGGUACGAGCGCAGCGAGGGCCCGCCCUCCAGCGUGGACCCCUCCCUCUCACGCAGCUCCGAGGAGCUCUCCCCCCAGCGGAGGGCCGGCCCCGGGCCCCCUCCCGUCCUCAAAUCCCUCAGCAUCACUGAUAUAGACGGGGGCGGCAUGAAGCUCUACUGCAUGGACCCUGAGAACGGCCCCUGCGAGGCUGCGGGGAGGGGCCCCGGGGCCUCCGCCCAGGGCCAGAGCAUCGUGCGGAGCAAGUCUGCCUCCCUUCUGAGCGACCAGCCCCUGCAGGUCUACCCAGGGUCCUCUGCCUCUUCCGACGACCUGUUGUCCGCCUCCAAGCCGCCCAAGUACGAGAGCCGGGUGCCUCCCCAGUACAACGUCCAGUACGCCAGCAGCACCAUGCCCAAAGACAGCCUGUGGACCCAGAGGAUGCCCGUCCCACCCGAGCAGACCUACCUCCCGCCCCAGCACUCCCUGGCCAACACCAACUACUCCAACCGCAACAACGCCCCACCCUACCCCCUGCAGCCCCAGCAGAGGGGCCCGCCUAAGGGCCAGGACCCCUGGGCCAUGGAGCGCAUGCUGGCCCCCGGGCCCCCGCGGGGUGCCCUCCAGAGACAGGGCAGCGGCUCGUCCUGCGCAUCCGGGGGCGAGUACAUGACGUACCGGGACAUCCACACCAUGGGCCGCGGGCCCCUGAUGAGCCAGGCCCUACAGAGGCCCCUGUCUGCGCGCACCUACAGCAUGGACGGGCCCGGGGCCCCUCGGCCCCACAGCGCCCGGCCCCCCGCCCACGAGCUGCCCGAGAGGACCAUGUCGGUGAGCGACUUCGGCUACCCCCACGCCAGCCCAGGCAAACGGCCCAACGUGCGGGUGAAGUCGGAGCACUCCCUGCUGGACGCGCCCGGGGGCAGGGUGCCCGUCGACUGGAGGGACCAGGUCAUGAGGCACAUCGAGGCCAAGAAAAUGGAGAAGAACGUGCUGUCUAGGUCCUAUAAUCCCAAAUACGCUGCGGCUAGCAGCUCUCGCUAUGGCAGCUGUAGGGAUGUGCAUGCCAGCCAAGGCUCUCUGGUGUUUAGUGUGGGAGACGGAAGGCCUUACGGAGCCCACGACCUGUGUGAAGAGGUCUUUGGGCCACCCGGACCGCAGGGCUACCCCAUGGACUCCCUGAGAAAAGUGCCUUUGCCCAACGGGCAGAUGUGUGGCAGUGGUGCGGGCCGCAGCCAGCCGCCCAUGGGCCGUAACCAGGCCCCCAUGGACCGCAGCCAGGCCCCCAUGGCCCGCCACCCAUCCAGAGAGCAGCUGAUCGACUACCUGAUGCUGAAGGUGUCCCAGCAGCCCCAGGGCCCGCCCCAGGGCCCGCCCCGGCCGCCCCCCGAGGCCCUGCCGCAGGAGCUUCGGGUGAAAAUCGAGAAGAACCCCGAGCUGGGCUUCAGCAUAUCCGGAGGACUGGGGGGCAGAGGGAAUCCUUUUCAUCCAGAAGACACCGGCAUUUUUGUGACAAGGGUCCAGCCAGAGGGACCUGCAUCAAAGCUCCUGCAGCCAGGCGAUAAGAUCGUCCAGGCAAACGGACACAACUUUGUUAACAUUGACCACGGAUAUGCAGUGUCCCUGCUGAAGAUGUUCCCCAGCACGGUGGACCUGAUCAUCAUCAGAGAAGCGUCUGCAUAGAGGAAGAGCACUUCUCCAGACAUGAGAAGACACAAAACUGAAUGUUCACUUCAUUAUUUUUCUACACAGAGGAGCCAGGUCUAUGAUUAUACCUUUGAACUGAAUAUGGUGACGGACAUCAGAGAUUUGGCAAAUGGGACAAAACCACUGUAUGGAGUGGUGCGGGAGGGGCUCGGUCUAAAAGCAAGCACCUGAAACGGUCUUCACUGUGGGAUCUCCUGGUAUUUUUAUUUUUACUGUGAAUGGAGAACAGAUGGUGUAUUCCUACUCAAAACAACCUGUGUGCUUUCUGUACAGACUUUUAGGUUUUAAUGUUUUUCGUUUUGUUUUGUUUUGUUUGGUUUUAAAUGAUUCAUUCGCAUUACAGAGUAACAGACUUCUGAUAGUUGCGCAUACAUUGUAGCUGGCCAGUAGGGGCAGGGCUCCUUGUUUGCCUCGAGAUCCAUUAUGCCUUUAUUUUAAAAUCAUUUUUUAACUUAUGAUGACGAUGAAACCACUUAAUGGAUGUACAGGUGAUGUGAUGAAGAGGACAACGCUAUGUGCAUAUUGUUGAGAAGAAUGUAGUGCCGGAUUGAGCUUACAGGACAGUCUUAUGUGUGGCAGCAAAUGUGUUCUGAAUUGGCUGUGUCUACUUGGAAUGGCCAUUUCCUGUGUGACCAGCAGGGGGGACUCUUGAGUCAUUCAGAAACACUGGCAUUUUUGCAGCACUGUGAACAGAAAAGGGGAUUAAAAAGAAAUUGCAGUUUCUUUUACACUGCACUCCUUCUAUGAGGUCGGAUGCUGUGUAAAUGUUACUGCUAUACACCCUCCAAAGCAUCUUCACAAUUUUUAGUUUUUUUGGUUAAAUCUAUCAAGGCCUUUUGUUUGGAAUUUCAUGGAAGGACAAACCACUGCCUGCACUGAAUGAGGUCACUGCCUAGAGCCCCUUGCAGCCAUGAUUCAACCCCCCUGUGAAACCACACCCCAGUCACGGCAACCCACGACCUUUACAGACGUUCACCUUCCUCCGACUAGAUGCCUCUGUUCAUACUGUAGAUGCUGUGUGUGUAAAGAUGCAAGGCCUGGAACAUGGGGGGGGGAAUUAUGGAAGACCAGGCGUAAUUUGCUUGGCCUUAAUUAGCCUUGCCAGGAGAUUGUGAACAGGAAGUGGGGCAUGCUAGGUAACCAAAGCAAGUGUCUAAAACUGUGGUAAGGUGUUUGAAACUGCAGAAGAGUUUGGAGGUAAGUCGGGGCAGGCUCACCUGCCCCUGUGACUCCUCACGGCUGUUGGCAUGUUUAUAAAGGGCUUCAUCUACAGGCAGCCAUAGCCAACUAAAACUUUCAAAAGGGCAGAGUUUUUAAAGGGUUUCUGAUGCCAUUCUUCUUGUGGGUGGAAAGACCACUUUGCCUUUCUAUAGAGAGAACAACAUUUUAGUAAUCGCGUUCGGAUUUUGACUUUAUUGUAUGCAUUUCAUGUUUAGAUUUUUAUUUGACGGUACAUAAUAUGAAUAAGACAGAGAACCGUAUUGAAAUGUGCCAUAGACCUGGAACUGUUUGAAACGGGGCAGACCAGUCUCCUCCCUGUUACCCUAGCAAUAUUCAAUGAUGAACACUGCAAACAAGAUGUCCUAGUGAGAAUCAAUGAGUAGUACAUUGGUCAAAUAGCAAUACCCAGAGGUUCUGUUCUUGUGCAAAAUAUCAGAUUAAUUUUCUUCUUUUUUUAAAUCAAAAGGAACCCCUUUAAGUACUCCCUGAUUGUUAUACAGGAUUUUAUAUAAUUCAAACUUUUUUAAUGAAAUCAUAGAAGAUUACAUUUCUGAAUUGUUUAUUUGAAAAAGUUUAAAAAGACUUCAUAGUGUGACAUUGGGCUGAGAUGGCCUGGGUUUUUAUAAAUACCCGUGCUACAGGUAUUCUGCAGCUCUUCAAUGUUCCCCUGGUCUGUCUGUCUUGUGCUUCGAGCCUGAAUGGAAGUUUGAAAGGCCUUGCCCGCUGGCCUGCUGAUGGUGUCCAUAUAAACCGGUCUGUCUUUUGUCCUGGUGCAAGUGCAGAGUUGGUACAAAGCAUUCAAAAGUGAUAUUUGAAGUUUAAUGCAGGCCACAGAUCUUUGAAACUGACCAUUUGUGAUGUGAAAUUGACUUUUUUUUUUUUUUUUACCUACGUUUACAUACAACUAGUAUAAUCUCACAUGACGGGCACCAAUGUAUUGUUGGCACGAAAACAUUUUUUUAAUGUAAUUGUUCGGUAUGCUAAUGUAAGUGAGUUAACUGUCAGGACUGAAAAACAACAUGGCUAUGAAAUGAGUUUAACAUUCUCAGUUUGUCCAGAGCAGAUAGUUCAUGAAAACAUAGGUAAGUGUGCCUGUUCUUAUUUAAAUUAUUAGUACAAAAUUAUGCCAAUACUUUUGGUAAAUUUGGAUUGAUUCAAGUGAAAUUCUUGGCCUUCCAAAUGUAAUUUGAUCCAACCUGCUUGUUUACAGUUGGAUCAAGUUUUUAUUGUGCACACAACAUAAUGGUACUGCCCUUCUCUAGUCAAAUUGCCUAUCAACACCUUUUUGUUUCCUGUAUGUGGAUUAGUGAAAAAUAUUCUCUGUAUUUUCACCUCUGACUUCACCUCUUCUGAUUUUUAAUUUAUUCAAUAUUUUGAUUGGAAAUGUCCCAAAUUUAAUUUUAGCUUUAUUAGAAUACUUGAACAAUCACUUUAGAAUGGUCAUAUCAUGGGUAAAUGUGGCUUCUCUGUAAAAGCUGUAACCUUCACCUUAAAUCUGUGACACCCAUGGCUUUCGUAUUAAGCUUUCACUCAUUUAAUUAAAAAAAAAAAACAAUGGAAAAACAGAACACUUUUUUAUAUUAAGUUAUUGUGCUGUAUGCCUUAUGCUUUCUAUCUAACUAGGAACAUCCGGAUGAAGUUACCUUGGUCAAAGUGGUCUGUUUUAUAUUGAUAGUGAAAAGGAGCUGUUCAACAGUGUGACAAUCUUGGAAUUGAGUCUGGGGUCACAUCUCACCAUAUCAUUAAGGAACAUUUAAAUAUUUUCCUGAUAUCCCCACAUUUUUUUUAAUUUAUUUUGCACAUUCUGUUCCUAUGAUUUUAGAUUACUAAUCAAAUGUAAAUACUUUUAAACUGUAAAAAAAAAAAAAAGAAGAAAUAAUCAUGGCAUUAGUUUAUAAAACCAGCAAUAAAUUGCAAUGCUGAAACAACCCUUUUCAUGUAUAACUAUUUCAAUGGUUUAUUUGGAAGUGGCUACAAUGAAAUGAUUGAUAUGCAUUUAUUCAACAUUCCAGAUUUUGUACAUAUUUACUGUUUCUGAGGUAACCUGUGGAAAAUAAACAAACUAAUGCUCUUUAAA